AUGCAAGAGCAUGCUGCUUUCAUUCAGGCCAGCAAGAGCAACGCGAGCAACGAGAGGAACGUCAUCCGGCUCGGGGCCGUUGGAGAGACAUUGCCAGGUGCGCACCAGUGGGUGAAGAAGGGCCAGCGGGAGGCCGGAGACGAGUGGUGCGCGUUUUGUGCACUGCGAUGGUACCGCAUGCCGCUGCCCGAAUUCCUUUGGCGCGUGCAUGGCGCGUGGCAGCGGCAAAGCGGCCGUGAAGAGGCGCCGCUGGAUGUCUUCACGCAGAGCUUGCGGCAAAGAUACCGCAGCCUGGCCAGCGGGAGGCUGCUGCUCCGCACGGCCGGGGCCUUGGGGCGGAAGGCCGCUCACAGCCUGGACUCAGCGGCCAACUUGCUGGCUCGGCUGCGCCGGCAUUUGGAGAGGCCCAGGGCCAGGGCCGGGGCUUGGCGCCCGGUGUCCUUCGCGGCCGCGGACGCCGCGCCGCUGCGGCGCUUGCUGCGGCAGGGCCGGCCCAGGGCGCGCCUGGAGCUGCGGCGAGCGCUGGGGGCGCUGCGGCUGCCCCCGGUUGGGGCCCUGCCCGUCAAAGGGAAGGCGGCGAUGGUACUGGCGGGGGCUUUGGCCGUGAGCGGCGGCAGCAGCCUCUGGCUGGCAGCCUGCCGAAAGGAGGCGCCGUUUGGUUUCGUUUGGCUCGUGUCAGCCCGUUGCUACUUCCAAAUUACAGCUGCCGCACGGCGCGUGCGGCCGCCCGCCCGCAUGGCGAGCGGAGUGGAGGGCGUGGAGAUCCAGGAGCUGGUUUUGCCGGAGGUGUCGGUCUACAAGGUCUUGGGCUGCGAGUCCACGCUAGCCGAGUACAACGACCAUAGUUCGAGGUUUGGCAACCCCAGGAGCGACUGGAAAGCCAUGUACACACAGCUCAUGGCGAGCCACGCAUUGGGCACUGUGCCGUACCGCUGGGACCAGAUGGACAGCCAGGGCUCGCCCUACCGAUGUGCCAACCUGGUGCAGGUGUGCUUCCUCGAGCCGCUGCCGGUGGUGCGCUGCUCUGGUCCCUUCUUCUGGGAUGGCUCGGUUCCUGGCGAGGAGAAGGCGGCGGUGCUGCGUUCUGCGCUGGGCUUGUCGAAGGAGCCGCUGAUGGCACAGCUGGGCCUCGCCCAGAAGGCGGUGCUCAUGGAAGAGACGGAGGGUGAGUGGGAGCUGAUCCUGGAUCAUCGACAUCUUGCGGCAUUGCCACAUGAGUCUUGCUUGGUGGCGACUUUUCAGCGCGGCGCCUUGCCAGUGACUGCCACCUUUGCGAGCCGCGACGGAGAGCGGCAGAAGUAUGCGGCUCGGCUGCUCGGGCACAGCUCACCGGUGCAUGUGUCUGCCACAGCGCUUUUUUGCGUGAGGCGCAGCGCAGCCAAAGAGCGCGCAAGCUUGUCGCCGACGCCGAAAAAGGUUGCGGUGCCGGCCGGCUGUUGCCGGUUGAUCUUGAACAGUUGCUACGACGUGCAGAAGCUUCGGCCCUGCCUAGAGGCAUUGGGGCUGAGGAUCCACGACGAGGAGUGGCCGGAGGCCAUUGCGCUGGUCCGGGCUUGGCUGAAACUGAUUCCGUUUGGAGCAGUGGGCCAGAUGUGGAUCAUGGCAGUCCGUUCAGGACGCAUUUUCCAUUUCGGCCUUUGCGGACUCGACCGCUUGUACCAAAGGAUCGACGUAUACCGGGCCCUGGCAAAGCGCCCGCAGACCCCACAGCGCGGAGACCCAACAGCGGAGCCGGCCGCUCCCCACAUGGGCAGCCUGUCAAAUGGGGAGCUCAAGCCGAAGGUCUCCGACUUUGAGCUCUUCGAGCAGUGCUUUUUCCAGGCACACAUCACACGACAAAGGCGGCGCAUGGAGCGGGAGUUAUGUGAGGAGUGCCUGGGAUCCUGCUUCAACGACCAGAUUAACUUUUCAGCUGACACGGUGUCCAAGCUGGAUUACUUGGAACACAACCUCACUGAGGAGCAGAUUGAUGAGUUUCGCGCAAAGCUCAGCAGUGGCAUGGUGAAGUGUUGCAGUUCCGACGUCGUUCCGCUGGACUUCCUCUUCCGAAAGUUUGGGAUCUUAGGCAAGGUGCUGGAGCUGCUGGUGGCCAGUGGUGCUGAUGCCCAGCUUCUGCGCUCGGACCUGGUGCCGAUUUUCAUGCGGGAGGCAAGACACCUGGCCAACUUGGCACGGCAGAAGCGAAUGCCAAAGCCGGAGCCUCCUCAGCCCUCCAUGACCGUUGACUCAGUUGGUUGGAAGAAGCUGCAGAGCAAAGCUAGGCCUCGUGUUCGCAGAUCCUUCCGGCAAUUCGAGAUCAUCAGUGCAGGCGGCGAAGAUAUCAACUUCUUCGAAUUCCUCUAUCUGAUUAGGUUUGUGCGUGAGAAGUCUCGGGAGGUGCAGCUGGAGAAGCUGCAAAGCUUCUUCCUGCGACUUGAUCAGGACGAGUGUGGCAAUGUGACCAUCAAGGAGGCCAUGAAGCUCUUUCCAGAGCUGGGGCUCUCGCCACGCAGCCGCCUGGAGCAGCUUGAAAUCAAACAGGUUCUCAACGAGGUGGAUGAAGAUGGUACUGGGAGCUUCAGCUGGAUGGACUUCACUGAAGUGGUGCAACUUUGUCAGGAGAGGCUGGAGCGGCUGGCACGUGCCGAUGAGGAGCGCUUUGCCCUUAACCUGAACUUCACGCUGGAGCGCUGCCAUGAGCUACGCAAGGUCUUUUUGGACAGCAAGAACGAGUCGAAUGUCCUGGAGGUGACGGAUCUCCGUCGCGCCAUGACCAUCCUGCAGCGCUGGUACACCUCAGAGGAGCUCUUGCCCCUCUUUGCCGCCUUCGCCCGAGACGGGCACAUGGACUUCCGCUGCUUUGCAAGGAUGAUGCAUGCGAUAGAGAUCCUGAAGACUGAAGGGCAGCUCGCUCAGGACAAGAAGCCGCCGCGGAAGAGCCUCAUGGAGAGUAUGACUGAGCCGCUUUUCUCGUGAAUUGUGCAAGAACUUGGUGCCUGGUAAAUGCCGCGCAGGAGGUUGCAUUUCGCUG